AUGUAUUACGAUCCAUUGGUAGCCCUUGUUAAUUUAUCCCCAGUUGAAAAAUUAUGUGAUGAUCACUCGAAAAAAAAGUCAAGAUGGGGAAACAUCUUGUCCAAUACCGCUUUAGAAGAUAAAGUAGUACCAAGUAAAUGGGGAGCAGAGGAUUACAAGCCAUAUCUACCACUACCGUUUGUGGAUUUCCCCCCAGGGUUAACCCCAUCUCAAUUAGACCAAUUUUUGAGAGAACAAAGAUAUGAUGAAUUGACUAAAAAGUUGAAUAAAGGAGAAUUAGAAUAUGUAGAUCCAGAUAUAAGACCAGCCUCUCCUCCACCCAUAUAUGAUAAAAAUGGUAGUAGAAUAAAUACAAGAGAAGCAAGAAUUAAAAAUAGUAUGAUUGAAGAACAUCAUAGAUUAGUUGAAUAUUUAUUAAAACAUGUCAAAGGGUUUGUAGCUCCACCAAAUUAUAAACCAAUAAAAAAAAUAAGAAAAAUAGAAAUACCAAUGGAUAAAUAUCCUGAAUAUAAUUUUAUGGGAUUAAUUAUAGGCCCACGUGGUUGUAAUCAUAAAAGAUUAGAAGCAGAAAGUGGUGCACAAAUUAGUAUAAGAGGUAAAGGUACGCAAAAAGAAGGGAAAAAAACAGAUCAUCAGACAGAUAUAGAGGCAAAUAUGCCGAAACAUGUUCAUAUAUCAGCUGAUACAGAAGAAUGCGUAGAAAAAGCUGUAAGUUUAAUAACUCCUUUAUUAGACCCAUUUCACCCUUUACAUGAAGAAUAUAAAAAAAAAGGAUUAGAACAAUUAGCUUUAGUUAAUGGUAUAAAUUUAAAUCAAUUAGAAACACAAAGAUGUUCAAUCUGCAAUUCUUCUACUCAUUUAACAUUUGAGUGCCCAGAAAAUAUGAAUUUACAAAAUUUUAAAAAACCAGAAAUUAAAUGUAAUUUAUGUGGAGAUCAUGGGCAUAUAACCCUUGAUUGUAAAUUAGCAAAACAAAAUAAUUUUAAGAAAAAUGAUUUUGAUACCUCUAAUAAUAACAUACCUGCACCACCACCUGGUGGUACACCUCCGCCUCCUUAUGAUAAGGUGAAAAAUCAUCAAUUUAAUCAAACAAAUAAAUAUGAAAAAAUUAAAAUUGAUAUGGAAUAUCAAAAAAUGAUGAGUGAGUUAAACACGGAUAAGGAAAAUAGCAGUCCCCAAUUUGUUGAGUCAGGCAAAAAGACAAAUGAAAUUACAUACGGAAAUAACAGUAACAGUGGAAAUACUAACAAUAUUAUUAGUAAUAAUACCAUUGGAAAUAAUGCUACUAGUAACGUUAGCAUUAACCCGAGUGGUGAUUUUACAAUACCAACUAAUAGCUUCAACAAUUUUAAUGAUCCAACAAUAGACUUCCUAGAUUUCAAUAAUAAAUUUCAAAACAGUAAUAAAAACGUUAAUAAUAUAAUGCCACCAAUAAACAGUAAAAAUAUGAACAAUCCAAAUUUUAUUCCUUUAGGACAAGGUAAUAAUAACUCAUUUAAUGAUGAAUUAAGAGCGUUUAAUUCACAAAAUUUUUAUGAUCCCCUAUCUAAAAGUAAUAGAAAUAGUAACAACAGUAAUAUUAACAUUAAUGCUUCUAUGCGAAAUGCUAACGGAAAAAAUUUCAAUUCAAACGUGAACUAUCAAAGUGUAAAUAAUAUUCCUUUAAACCCACCUUUGCCAAUGUUACCAAAUUUUUUUAAUUUCCCAUUUAUGAACAACGGAAUGAUGCAAAAUGGUUCCUUGCCCUAUCCGAAUGGUCAACAGGUUCCAUCUAAUCAACAAAUGCCCAUAGACCCGUUAUACUUGCAGGGUUUUCAGAGUAAGCAUACGAAUUUUAGCUCAUCUGAGUUCAUUCAUGAGGAUGCCUGCGCCAAUGCAAGUGUGCGCAUACGUGCAAGCUUAAAUUACGUUCCAUCGAUUGUAUAUUGGUCGCAAAUACCUAUGAACUAUGCAGAUGAUGUGCUCGCUCAUGCGUCAGCCCCGGAAACGAACCCCCCACCACUGCCAUCAGAAGAUACGAGUAAUCAGGAUGAUGUGAAUAUCACAUAA